GAGUAGUGACCAUUAGUGGCUACGGCUGAUUGUGGCUUAGAGUCAGCUGAAUGAGCGUCAAUCCAAUCCUAUCCGUCGCCUCCGCCGCUGCCGCCGCCCGUGUUCGCCUGUUCCUGUUUAGCAAGCCGACAUAAAUAAUCGGCGGCCCGAUCGGCCGACGCGUGCAUCUCUCCUCAGCAUCAUCCCGUGGUGUGCGAUGGCGGCCAAGGAGCGACUGGACACCAUUCGCAAGCAUCUUCAGGGAACCGGCAAUGAGUCCAACGACGAGGCACGCUCCCAGAACGGCGCCGCCGCUGCAAAGGGCGUCUGCCCCGCCGCGCCGGUCGCCAGGACCACCACGAUUCCGAGGCGAAGGCAGGACUUGCUGAAAUGGAAUGGCUGGGGAUACAAAGACUCCAAGUUUGUGGUCGACGGCACCACUCACCAUAUUUCGUUUACAGGUGACAGAUACAAGAUUGGGAACAAGGUGCUGCCUCACUUCAAGGCUUGGGUCGAGUCGGCGCUGGGUGUCGACCUCAAUGUCCUCAUUCCGUCAAAGCCACCUCCUUCGGACCACGACCUUCCACCCCCCAUUAUCAACGAGGCAUUCCUCGAGGAUGUUCGUCGUGCCGGCAUUUCUUACUCGGCUGAUGGCCAAGACAGACUUUUCAGGGCACAUGGUCACACCAUGCGAGAAAUCUUUACACUGCGUGAAGGUUCCUUUGCUCGAAUUCCUGACUUGGUCGUCUGGCCACUGUGCCACGAAGACGUCGUCAGCCUUGUGUCAUUGGCUUCACUGCACAACGUUGUGAUCAUUCCUUUCGGAGGUGGCACAAGUGUGUCGGGUGCCCUUGAAUGCCCAGCUGGAGAGGCGAGGAUGAUUGUUUCGCUGGACACAUCUCAGAUGAACCGCAUCUUGUGGGUGGACAAGGUGAACAUGACCGCGAACAUCGAGGCUGGUAUCAUUGGCCAAGACCUGGAGAGACAGCUGGCAGAGCACGGCCUGUGCACGGGCCACGAGCCAGACUCGUACGAGUUCAGCUCGCUCGGCGGCUGGGUGGCAACGCGGGCUUCCGGCAUGAAGAAGAAUGUCUAUGGCAACAUUGAGGACCUGGUGGUGCACGUCCGCCUGGUCACGCCCAGUGGCACGGUUGAGCGCAGCUGCCAGGUGCCCCGGAUCUCCAGCGGCCCCGAUGUGCACCACUUCGUGCUCGGCUCAGAAGGUACUUUGGGUGUGGUGACCCAGGUGGUGCUGAAGGUGCGACCGCUGCCGGAAUGCCAGCGCUACGGCUCCAUCGUCUUCCCCACUUUCGAGCCGGGUGUCGCCUUCCUGCAGGAGAUCACCCGACAGAAUAUUCGUCCGGCCUCCAUACGUCUCAUGGACAAUCAGCAGUUUGUCUUUGGGCAAGCACUCAAGCCCGAGGCAACCUCACUCCUCGCACCACUGUGGGACGGCUUCAAGAAGUUCUAUGUGACGCGCAUCAAGGGCUUCAAUCCUGAGCAGAUCUGCGUGACGACUCUGCUCUUUGAAGGCAACAAGCAGGAUGUUGACAUGCAAGAGAGGCGAGUGUACGAGAUUGCAGCCAAGUAUGGCGGCUUGGCUGCUGGAGAAGAGAAUGGCCUGCGGGGAUACAUGCUGACUUUUGUCAUCGCCUACAUCAGAGACCUGGGCAUGGACUUCAGCGUUGUCGCCGAAUCAUUUGAGACGUCUGUACCUUGGGACAGGGUCGUGGACCUGUGCCGCAACGUCAAGGACGUCAUCAUGCGAGAGUCUCGCAAUCAUGGGGUGUCGCUACCUCCUCUGUCCUCGUGUCGCGUGACACAGACGUACGACGCGGGAGCCUGCGUCUACUUCUACUUUGCCUUCAACUACUCCGGGGUCGCUGACCCCGUGCAUGCGUACGAGGAGAUCGAGGCUGCAGCGAGAGAAGAGAUCCUGGCUUGUGGAGGCAGCAUUUCCCACCAUCAUGGAGUUGGCAAGAUCCGGAAGCGCUGGCUCGAACAAACAAUAUCAAGCACGGGCUUGCAGAUGCUCCGAGCCGUGAAGCACAGCGUCGACCCGCAGAACAUCUUCGCCAGCGGCAAUCUGGCAAUGUGAAUUCAACGAACGAAAAGACUCUGCUUCUUUCGGGGGGCAUUCUUGCCAAAGGCUCACACUUAGAGGGCCAACAUCGUCACCGGAGCAGCCAACUGGCUAGGAUGCCAGCUUCUCAGGACAGUUUCGUCAAGGGCAUUAGGACGAACUGUUGCUUGAGGAGUGUCGCAAGGGAGUGCAAAAAAACCAACCACUAGGAAAACAAAAACAAAACAAAAAUAAGUGGAGUAUAUUUCACUGGGGAAUCUUUGUGAGCUAGUUGGUGAAAUUCUCUUAAGGCGCUGUUAUACUCUGGCAUUCCUGGUAAGGGGCGAUGGCGUCUGCUGGCCCCGGUUACGUUGGCCCAGUUGCGCAAUGCUGGCCUGAAAUUCGGUCUUGUAAACUUCGGCCAGCUACAGCUACUCCAAUGGCACGCCUUGUUGCCCAGCGACCGUGGCACGUGGGCAACCGACAUGGCGCAUGCACCCGCUCUGGGAUCGCAUCUGUUUGCGCACGUUUUGCAAAUUGCAGGCCUGUCUCCGAGUCCAGUAGUGUCUGCUGUUGGGAGCGCACACUGCAUUCUGGGAAAAACGCACCGGCAUUCGGCGUCGAAGUAGAGAGUGUUUUGUCUCCGCCCUGCCAGCAUCCAGGCGCAUCCAGUGCCGCUGGUCGCAUUCAUCGCAUUGGCAGGGCAGAUUGUAGUCAUCCCGUGGAUGCAGUGUUGCCGUGACUAGCAUACACACUCCCCCUAAGUUGGAGUAUAACAGAGCCUUUAGCAUGAUUGACCGUGUACAUUAAAACGAACCGCACAAGGAAAGAUGGACAGAACGAGUGCAAGCUACCAACCUGGUUUAGUUUGUGCUCGAAUGUGUUAGGGACACUUUGAUAUUGCUGCAUGGCUCAGAGGUAACCUUCCUUAGUUGCUGUGCUGCUUAUUGAUGUGUCCUUUCGCCUUCUGUAUGCGCAAGCGCAACACAAAGUGCUCUGGUGCAUGUGUUCUGUGAAAAAAAAAAGGCCGAUAUUAAGAUCCGACGGUAGUUUUGUGGUUGACCUGUCCAAGUUUAGUCUGGCGGUUUUUGUUUACACAUACAGUCAGUCAUGCUAACAAAGUGUGGAACAUUUCUUUUUUUUUCUCUUUCUCUCUAUUUCUUUUUUUAUAUCGAGGUUUCAGUGAUACCCGAAAAAGUACGCUGAAAAUUGGUGGAUCGGAUUGGUAGAAAUGUGGUUAAUCAUCCCAAAGUUGCGAUGGGUCAUGGCAGGACCUGUUGGUUUUCAAAACUGCUGUUUAUGCCAAAGGAAAUCGCAAUACGAAGUGUUGUUUAAACUACGUCGAAUUCCACUGUGUUGGUCAAAUUCCAUCAUUUUGGCAUUCUGAGCCAAUUGGCUCAAAGAUGGCAAAUUUGACAAUAUGGCAGAAUUUACGUGUCCAGAUGGGAAUGGCUUAUGUGAGUGCUGCAGCUUCUGUCCUUGGCUAGUUUUUGGUGCAUAUUUGAUAUCUUCCUGAAAGUUGGCUAGACCUUUGGAUAGCUGUGCACUUGUGUCAUGUAGCUCACGGGAGGCAUGUUGGCGUAGCCUGUGCGAAAGUUGUCAAAGUAAAGCUUUUUUCUUUUUGUAAUGGUUCAUUAUGUUUUAAGAUUAACUAAGUUAGUGGCAUUACCAUAUUUGUGAUAGUUUUGUUUAACAGUUAUCACAGAUUAAAUUGGUACUGGGGAGGCAUCAGGAGGCAAGGAAGGUGUUUUGUACAUUUUGUCUAUUCUUGUAUUUUCUGCCUGCAUGGUCAAGCGUUUCUUUUAAAAGCAGGUGGUCUAUGCUUGUGCAAUAUUUUCAGCAAGCAACGUUUAGGAGGUGAGGGUAGUUUCUCAGGCUACAUAACAGAAUCGGGUACAGACGUCUUGCAGAAAUCUGAAACUUGGCUUGCCUGCAUAGCUAUGCCCACAAAACAGUCCAAUACAAUCCAGUCAAGAGGUCACAUUCACAGAUUCGCUUCUGCACUCCUUUUCAAAAAUGACAGGGUCAUACCAUCUGGCCUCAACGAGUGGGUUACGCUUCUCAAUACUUAGAUUUCUGAUGGUUACUUCCCGUUUUUAAGGCUGUUCAGAGAGUGGGGUGUCUUUUCUAAACAGAACGGAGGGGAUUGCAGCUUUUUCUAUGACGCAGGUCACCGACAGAACUAAAUUUCUAGAUUAGCUUUCACUGGGAAGGAAUUCAGAAAUGCAAGAAAGUGUUAGCAUCACUGCAACACUGAUCAUUAUCUCUACAAUGGCGAUUUUCUCUCUAAGCACUACACACUUGAAGCAGAAAUGUAGCCUUUAUCGUUGCGGGACAGCCAACUGACAGAAUUAUGCAAAUCGUCUCUUCAUUUAACACUGUGUCUCCGGCUAGACAGCUGGCUUUCAUGAUUUGAGGGAUGCAAUACGUAAAUUCAUUGUGGAAUCUUGUAGCAGCCCAGUGGUGCAGAGCCGGUUGUAAAGCGUGCAUCGAUUACCACACUUGUGCCCCGAAAAUCUUUUGUUUAAAUCACGGAGCUUCCUGUUGCUGGAAUACAUUAGGUGACUGUGUUUUCAGUGUUGUCCGCCGGUUACAAAGGGCAUGUCCUUUUCUUUUGCCAAAGGGGGGGAGGGGGGGUUGUAGCUUUGGAGGCUGCAACUUCAGUCCAUUUUUUUUUUUAACUUUGUAGAAAUCGCUGCAGCAGUAGUAGUAGUUUUAAUGUUCCUGCUUACCAUAAUUCUAAAUCUAAUAUUGCAGUCAUGCUUGUUAAGUUAGAUCCACACAAUACACUGAAUUGCUGAUUCCAUUGACUGAGUGCAAUGUGGCUCAGUGACAUUAAGCCAUGCUGGAGCGUCUGAUCUGCAACACCCUUAACUGCAGUCUAAUUAAUUAGCAUGCCAGUGUAUUUAUGUAAAGGUAGAUAUGUACAGAGAUCGCUGCGUACAUCUUUGCUGUGUUUGAUCAGGUGCUAAAAACGGAAUUUUUUUUUUUUUACAUAGGGUAUGCGACAAAACGUUAGCAUGCACAAUGGCAUUGUCAGACAUUGGGACACACAAUGGGACUGCCAGACAUUCAUUUGAAUGUCUGGCAGUAGUGCAGCAAAUGCAAAACAUAGUUAAAUGAGCUUAAAGGGGUCACAACAACAAAUUUUUUAGCUCGUACUAUGUAUUGCAUGUUAAACCGUACAUGUUCCACAGCAAGCAGGUGACGUUUGAACGCAUUCUGUGCAGCAGAAAUUCCUUCUUUCUUUGCAUUUCUUUGUUGCAGUUGUACCGUACAAUAGUCUUGCAAUAUCCAACAGGCAGCGAAAUGAAAUGUGUUAUGCGUGGUCAAUGUGCAUGGUAUAAACAUGGUUUCGUUUUCACUUGUGCGUCUUCGUGCUCAACCUAAGAGUUUCUACAGGUUCCACACUUGAUGUUGCACAAGCCAAGCAAGAAUGAAGGUUUCUGUCAGUGGGAAGGGCUUAGAGACAUCGAUUUACAAUUGAAAAUUUGGGUUAAACUGCGCGCCGAGAGCCCCCCCCCCCCCCCUUUUUCGUGUGCAUUUUUGUGUUGCGAUACUGCCACCUCUAGUCUCACUUAGAACAAUAAACUGGGAAUAGUUUGACGACCAUGGUGAUUGCCCCUUUAAAGGAUUAGCGACACAAACAACUACUCUGUUACUUCCUUUUCUUUCUUGCUUUAAUUUUAUUUCAUUUAAGACGCGUGUCUCUUAGUGCUUUGCAGUCAUUAGCAUUUACAAACAUUUGAAGCCAUUCCAGUCAGGAUCAUCUUAAUGCAUUUUGGGCGAAAUAGUUUGGGGCAUUUGGGAGCAAUAGGUCUCUAGAGCUGAAUCAUGUAACGGUUCUCAUUAUUCAUUCCUUUUGUCCUUCGUCAUAGGCUGGCACAAGUCGAAACCUCAGUUGUCAUUAUCGACCAAGCACUGGGAUGCGUGGUAACAAAUUAAUCGAUUCGAAGAAAGAUAAUCCUUGCACAAUACGUCCUCUGGUUAGUCAAUGCAGCUUUUGGUACCCAGCCUUAGCUACGUAGGUGGCCAAGGUUUUGUAACACUUUUUUUUUCUUCAAAUGCAGAUAUAAAACAAUUUUUGUUUUCGAAUAAUGUGAAGUUGCUACUCCAAAGCUGCGUCCCCGCUUAAAGUAGUCGCAUAGCCAAACGAUCAAACCAUGGAGCUUCAUACAAAUACUAGAGGGAAAGCUGGUGUUAAAGUAGAUCAAACCACUGUGAGGAUGAUUGCAAGAGUGGCCUCGGAUUGGCACUUCUGGACUCGUGUGCUGGAGUAUGGAUUCAGUUCUGCAUCUCUUGGAGACUUGUUAAUGCGAAAGCAUCAUGUGCCCCAUUGCGCGAAAAUCCGGCGUUGUAGUCAGCGACGUGACCAAAUGAUGGUACCAAAAAUGGCUGACGGCAAAUAGUAAAACCACAUAAAAAAAUACUCUAAUCGAUGUCUCAUUUCUCGGGGAGGUUCCUGUAAACUAAGUAGAUCAAUGGCUUUGAAAAGAAAAUUUGGUAAAUUUCGGUCUGGGUGGGAAGAACCCAAGCCUCCGGGGUGCGAGACGAGCCUGCUUCCCCAACUUCACAAUGGCUCCACGGAUCUGGCCGGCCGAAGGUGCUGCCUAGUGCGUGUGUCAUUGGGCACGUGACAGCACAGCCAAUGACGGGGAAGUGGUGCCAUGUCACGAGUGCACAAAAUGUGCAUAAAAUAAACAGCAUUAAUGUCCAAUUGAACACCGCUGCGCGGUCCUUCGCGUUAUGAACUCCUCGUAGGCAAGCGAGCACGUUGAGACAAUUAACACGUUUUGAUUUGGCCUUACUGAGGUGCAGUUAGAAGGCAGGCGAGAGUUUGCGCGGGAAAAAAAAAAAACAUUUCACCAAAGGAACUACAAUGCUUUCGCAUUCCCACACAUAAGCAGUCGUGUCUCUGCCAAAUUUUAGUUUUUUCUUUUCGUUUUUUUUUUAUCUUGGCAGUUCAGCAUUGUUGAGAUAAAACAGCACAGAAUUAAGUACAUUUUGACAUUGCACACAACUCUUCUACGCAACCAUUUCAUAAUGGUGUGCAUGCACUGCCAUUGGUUGUGAGCAUCUUUGAAUGCACAGGGGAUUGGAGUUCGUGAAGAACUUGCUGUUUACGAGCAUUCUGUCAUUUCUAGGGAUAAAUUUUGUGCAGAAUGUUUUAGUACUGCUAUGGCGUUUUCGUUUUUUUUUGCCAGGUGCAUUUACAGAGCCAUUUUACCAUCAUGCUAAGUGACCAGCCAAAGGGGGUCGACACUUGUGGUGAAUGCUGCACAAACAAGUUCACCAGGUUAGCACAGCCAUCCACAGCGAGCUGCUUCACGCUCAAAUUGCUAGCGCCAGCUUUCCCUCUAGACAUGGCGUAUGAAACUCCAUGAAUCAAGUGUUGUGUAGUCAUCUCUCGAGUUCUCGUCUCCUAGUGACAGUGAAUGAAUGGCGAGCACGCGAGUAUGAACAGCAGGGUCGAGCGCUGUCGGAGAAAAGUCUCACAUGCUGGUAAACAAGGUGAAACUGUUGCGGGUUUUUACAUUGCCUUCUUGUUUUUUGUAUGAGUGUGUGUAUUUUCGUUGCUGAUCGUGUGAAUAAACCGGUUUUGACAUUCC